AUGAAGUCAGCGACCCCCACCAAGAUUCCUAAUGGCCAUGGCAGCCUCUACAAGGAGGUGCGCUUCUCGCCAACGAGUACCCCGAUCAAGCGGUCGCAUUCGGUGCCAAACAACAACCACUCCACAUUGAAUCCCGAUCCCACGCACUUCUUCGAGACGGCCAAGGAAGGAAGUGCCUCCUUGGCCAUCGGUUAUCUAGAACAAUCGCGGUCACUACUCGAUCGCCAACGGAUAAACUUCGAUCGUGAGCGGAUUCUCUUCGCUGACGAAAGACAACUGUGGGAGAAGGAGCGGGCGUUGCUGAAAUUAAGGAUAACUGAGCUUGAGUCAUUGCUGGGGAGUAGGGGUGUCGCGACCACAUCUGCGACCGGUAUACUCCCCUUCGCUGGCCUUCCUUCAAUCUCUCCUUCGCAGGUGUGGGAGGGAUCGAGCCCCCUCAGCCGGCCCACAAGGGUCUUCCCCGACGAGGAGAAGCCAAAUGGCCAUCUGCACCUACCUUUACCAGAGCAAGGGGGAAACUCUGCACUGCCCGCACCGUCCCUAGAUGCAGCGCUCUCGCCCAAGUCUCAUGCAACCGAAUCGUCGGCGAGUGUUCCGGUGCCGAUAGAGAAGCUUGACAGCAAGCUAGACGGCAUCACACUCAAAUCAUCCGCCCUACACCCGGAUGUCGUCGCUCGCGUUAUGACACCACCUUCGCCAUCAUCCCGAGAACCAUCGCCUACAUCCCUCUCGCAAGAGAAAUCGUCCUCAGAACGCCGAAACAGCGUAAAAAUAAGGCUGUCUGACCUGGCCCACUUGGGUCCCCCGGAAACGAACCUCGUGAGGGAUGCAGGACACACCCCAAUGGUUGUCAUCGAUCGAGACGUGGAUACUGCGCAGGGAUCACCAGGCGAAGCAGAGGAACCCUUGGGGGAAGAAGAACAACCCCUUGCUCCCUCCAUUACCCGGGUUCGACAGCCCACAGAGCGCUCUGAUUCAUAUUUCGCAGGCUUGACAGACCUUCCAGAUGACCCGGCCCUGAAGGGGCCACUGUCCCUGGUCAACGAGAAGGGGCAUGACCAUGACUUCUUGCAGGAGGUGGACAUGAAACUCCUCGGACAGGCAACGCAAAUCCUAGGCCACAAGAGUGAGGAGAAUGAGGAUGAAACGAAUAAGCCCUCUGGUCAGGGCGAGGAGGUACCUGAAAUUAAGUUCAAGAACUCGACCAAUUUUGGCACUGCAUUUGGAAGGUCUAUCUAA